CCUUCUCUACAAGCUUGUCCUUUAUUUAGCGAACUUUUUAAGAACCAGGUCACGAUGAGCGACAGCGAUGGAAAUGACAGUUUCUGCUCCGCAUUCGAAGCCAUUCCAGUCAACAUUCGAUUCCCACUCAGCCAUGAUGAACUGGAAAGCCUUGAUAAAAAGCUAACUCGCAUUGUUUACAUCCAGCAAACAGACGCAAGUUAUCAUAGGGCUUUGAAUGAUAUCAAGGAUCAACCGUCUAUAUCCUUGAUGAUAGAGCCCAGUUUUUACGGACGCCAUCAGGCCACUUCCGUUUUGGCUGUGGCCACGGCCAAUGAAACCUACAUCAUGGAUAUCAAAGCCCUUGGCUCAAUUUUUCCGGAAAUGGCCAAGAUUCUGGAGGCGGAUCAGCCUCGAAAAAUAGUGCACUAUAGCCAUCGUGUUUCCGACCAUUUCCGGUACAAACACGGAAUUGUGUUGGCCGGAGUUUGCGACUCCUUUGUGGCUUUGUGCGUGGCCCGCCAGGAAAAAUCGCCGUGCUCCUUGCCGGAGGCUAUAUCCCUCGUGUUCGGACUGCCGGUGCAAGACCUUCUUUGCGAGGAGGUGAUCGGAGCCAGUGAAUCGCGGCGGAACUUCACGGCCCGGCCACUGACCCAGAGUCAACUGAGGUACUUGGCCAGGAUGGUGCAACUGCAGCACAGGAUGCACGAUCGCUUGAUUUUUAACAGUAUUUGCGCCCAGGUGCAGCGCAUGUCGAUGGAGUUCAGCAGGAACUUCUUGGGCCUUCAGUCCUCGGAUGUGGCUCUGAAUAUGGGCCCCGGCAGUCGCUUUGGGUUCCACCUAAUAGAUUCCUGCUACAAACUGACCGCUGAGGGAACCACUCUUCCCACGCCCGAGGAGAUCGACCACCACGAACUUGAACAGCGAAAAGGUCGCAAGUGAAUGGUAUAUGGAUAUCUUGAGCAGAAAUGUGCCUUGUAAAAAAUGAUACUGAUAGAAAUAAGUCCCUCCGUUUGCAUGCUGGCAGGCCAGCGGAUUUGCACGUUAGUCUUUAAAAGUAAAAGUUCCUUACACCUUGACCCAUAGACUAAUCAUCUAAUAUUCUUUUACUCACACUUGUAACAUAUUUUCGAAUUUUUUAUUUCUUGAAAUUUUUCAAUACUGCACACCUACCUAUAAAGUAAAAAAUAAGAAUGUUCUUUGAAGUUUCUAUAAAUUAUAUUGAUGGCCUUUUUUAUAAUAGUCAGUAAUUUAAGUAUGUAUAUUUUAUUUAGUAACAAACGACUAUGUUAUAUAUCUUCCAUGGGAAGAAUCGAAAAAUUACUUGAAAACAAAUAACUUCAUUAUUUUUAAAGACAUACAUACAUAGAAGCAUAUA